UUGUGUUUUGAUGUAGCGCGUGUGCUGCGUCUUAAAGCCAGCCAACACUCCCGCUUCAGGACAACAGAACUCAACACACAGACCUGACCACAUCUCCUCUCAAGACUCUGAGAACAACUUCAACAUGGUGAAGGAGAAUGCCGACGGGAACUCUGGUGUUUCAUCGGAGAUGUCACACAAGUGCGGCCGGCUCUGCCUCGGCCCUUUGACCUUCCACAGUGAGGCGGUGGGAGACAGGGUCUCCCUGAGCCAUGGGUGUCGACUCGCAGAGAGGACGGGGGACACCUUCAAAAAUGGCCUGUUGUUCAGCAGCCGCCCCGUGAAGCCCCAGGAGAAGAUUCGUCUGCGGGUGGAGAGAGAGUCGUUCUUGUGGCAUGGAGCUCUGCGCGUGGGCUUCACAAACGUGCCGCCCUCAGCCAGAGCUCGGCCUCUGCCCUGCAUGGCCAUCCCCAACCUCAGUGACAGCCCCGGACACUGGGCGGCUCCUGUGCACGAAUCCUACUGCCAGGCAGGUUCAGAGCUGGAGUUCUGGGUUUCAUGUGGUGGCACCAUAUAUGUGACAAGCAACAACAGCCGGCAGCAAAAACUGCUAACAGGGGUGGACCUCAGCCUGCCCCUGUGGGUCAUGAUAGACAUCUAUGGACAGACAUGCUCCAUUUUCCUCCUGGGCUCAGAGAAAAAAGGGAAGAUUACCACUUCCAGAUCGUGUCCUGCUCCUGAACACCUCCCAUCGCCUCAUAUUGUCAACCUCAAAAACGCGAUUUCCGGUGUCUCGAGCCCCUGCGGAAACAGUGAUGAAUACAUCUGCUGUCCUGACAUGGAAGUCGCAGCAGGUGAAAGCUGUGUGGUGUGCAUGGGAAGCAAGGCCACAAUCACUCUGCCCUGUGGCCACCGGUGUUUGUGUGCACGAUGCCACCCCAAGGUCUGCCAGCAGUUCGGCACCUGCCCGCUGUGUCGACAUGUGAUCAGUGCUCCGGUGGAGGAGAGGUCUGUGUCUGGGGCAGCUCCAAGACGCCAGCAAGCUCUCCAGUAAUGGAGAACGAACUAUGAAUGGCACCUACUCAAUGUGUCUCCUUGUGGCUCAGUGGAUUGGGAGGUUUGCUGUGGCCAGUGUCAUAUUUUUCUGAUGUAAAAUAUAUCUCUCAUGUUAAUAAUGUGUAUAAAUGUAAUAUGUGAAUGCUUUACUGAAGUGUUUAUGUGAUGAUACUGAUCAUGUAAAAGAAACUUGAAAAAUUGCAUAAUUAUGUUGUGAUAUCUUUUGUCAAAUAAGGUAAAAACUCAAGCAUAAAACCUUUUGAUGAGAACUGCUAUCUAUGACUUAACAGAAUUUCUCAAUCACAGCAAAAGGUGUAAUGUAAUCUAUAAUUUAACAAUAAUAUACAGUAGGAUUUCCUCUGAUCGAGGAUGUAAAUCUUAAAUUCAUCUUUAUUUAUGUAAAGUUAAGGCUUGUCUGAAAGUUAUAAAUGUGCUUGUAAAAAUAUGAAAUAAAUGUUAUUUUAAAUAUGA